UGCUUUGUCUGCACUGAGACGAGACAGGAUCAAUGCUCUGAUGAGCUACGAUGAUAUAAACAGAAUGGUUUGUUUAAAACUCAGAGCAAAAAUAUUUCUGCACGCUAACGAACCCUCCCUGGCACUAGAGGAUGCAAAUGAUGUGUUCAAGGAGUUUCCCAUGGAUUUUGGGGCCCACUGCAUUAUGGCUGAAUGUUUGUACAUGAAAGGGUUUCUAGAAAGGUCUCUGAGUGUUUGGCACAAAGCAGCUCAUCUCCGACCCAAUGUUGAAGAGGUUCAGGUGUCUAUAGAUAAAGUACGGAAUACUCUAAUGGUUGCAACUAGAAAUUGUUUCAGUGCUCCGGAUACCAACACCAUCAUUCAGGCCAUGAUUGAAGAUUAUAACUCUGUUGAUAAUUAUCUAAACUCGGUUUCUGAUGAAACAGAGGUAUUAACAGACCCCAACAAGAACUUGUCCGAAAAAGAGAAACGGACCAAGAAGCCAAUACCGAUCAAGGUGCUGAGCUCUCAGGAGAAGAAGGAUGAGAAGAACCUGCUGGGGACCAGCUACUCAGACAAGGAGUUCUUAAAAAAGGUGUACAAGGAGUGUUCAGACAAGGAACUGAUUCAAGAAGUUACAGAGGAAGGAUUUCUAUUCCUAGUUGGAAGAGCUGAGUUUUGGCGUCAACAGCAACCUUUAUAUUCAAAGGGGAACAAAAAUCUGCAAAAAUCUGAAACCGGUGAAUCUGGUGAAAACUCUGAAACUUCUGAAACUUCUGACAGCUCCUCUGCAAGGGGUGCCGAUAUUCAUGAUUCAAUAUCACCCCCCAGUUCUUAAAGGAACUGGAUUCAAUCUUUACCCCCAGUUUUUAAAGGGACUGGAUUCAAUAUCACCCCCAGUUCUUAAAGGGACUGGAUUGAGUAUCACCCCCCAGUUCUUAAAGGGACUGGAUUCAAUCUUUACCCCCAGCCCAGUUCUUAAAGGGACUGUUUUCA